UGACACCUCCCAUUUCCACCUUCAUCUAAAACUCACUUCCUCCAUCACAUAAAGAGAUCUACCCUAGACUACCGGCUCCUACUCCUCUCUGGCGACACAGCAGAACCAAGCAGGGAGCCUGACUGAGCAGAACAUUUCCCCAUCACUAAAACAGGUCACCAUGUCCAGGAAGGUAGUCAGGGCCAGUAAGUUCCGUCAUGUCUUCGGCCAGGGGGUGAAGGCUGACCAGUGCUACGAUGACAUCCGCAUCUCCCAGAUGACCUGGGACAGCAACUUCUGCUCUGUCAACCCCAAGUUCGUGGCCAUGAUUGUGGAUGCCAGCGGAGGAGGGGCCUUCCUAGUGCUGCCUCUGAACAAGACGGGUCGUAUUGACAUGUCCCAGCCCACAGUCUGUGGACACACGGGCCCAGUGCUGGACAUUGAGUUCUGUCCCCACAACGACAACAUCAUCGCCAGUGGUUCAGAGGACUGCAGUGUCAUGAUUUGGGAGAUCCCGGAGGGUGGCCUGGUCACGCCCUUGAACGACCCCGUGGUGAAGCUGGAGGGGCACUCCAAACGCGUGGGCAUCCUCAGUUGGCACCCCACUGCCCACAAUGUGCUCAUGAGCGCAGGCUGUGACAACGUGGUGAUCCUGUGGAACGUGGCGUGUGGAGAGGCCAUGGUGAGGAUCGACUCGGUCCACCCUGACCUCAUCUACAGUGCCUGCUGGAACAGGGACGGCUCCCAGAUCCUCACCUCCUGUAAGGACAAGACCAUUCGUGUGCUGGACCCCCGCAAGGGCACAGUCAUCGCUGAGAAGGAGAAGACACACGAAGGCUCCAGGCCUGUCAAGGCUGUGUUUGUGUCCGAUGGGAAGAUCCUGAGCACCGGCUUCAGUCGCAUGAGUGAGAGACAGGUGGCACUUUGGGACCCGAAGAGCUUUGGGGAGCCACUCACCCUGCAGGAGUUGGACACCAGCAGUGGUGUCCUAUUGCCCUUCUUUGACCCUGACACUGGUGUCGUCUACCUCUGUGGCAAGGGUGACAGCAGUAUCCGGUACUUUGAGGUGACGGAUGAGGCUCCCUAUGUUCACUACCUGUCCAUGUACAGCAGUAAGGAGAGUCAGAAGGGCAUGGGCUACAUGCCCAAGAGGGGCCUGGAGGUCAACAAGUGUGAAAUCGCCAGGUUUUACAAGCUCCAUGAGAGGAAGUGCGAGCCCAUUGUCAUGACGGUGCCCCGCAAGUCUGACCUGUUUCAGGAGGAUUUGUACCCAGACACCAUGGGUCCAGAGCCGUCUGUGGAGGCCAAUGAGUGGUUUGAAGGCAAAGAGGGCCAACCUAUCCUGAUCUCGUUGAAGGACGGUUUUGCGACAACCACCAAAUCCAAAGAGUUCAAAGUUCACAAAAGUCUUCUGAAGACCACAUCAGCAGCCAUGGGGCAUCAGCACGGUAACACUGGGGAGGUACAUGCCUUGCAGAAGGAGGUGAAGACUCUGAAGGAAACAGUAGAGGAGCUGACCAAGCGCGUGAGCGAACUGGAGAGCAAGAAUUGAAACAGAGCCCUUGGGGUCGAGAUGGAGCUGGUGGAGAGAGAGAAGGAGGUGUAAAGAGGAGAAGAUAAAGAGGAGAUGAAAGUCAAAUAGUAAUAAAUAGUUGGGGAUGUUUGAAGGAAAGAUGUUUAAAGGGAGAGUUGGAGACAGGAUCCAUCAAUAUCAGCAGCCAAAUAUUUUCGGGUCUGGAAGCUUGAAUUCGUUUUUUGGUGUCAGUUGUCACAUUUAUAGAGACUUGUUUUUAAUAUAUGCUCUUACAUAGUUGGAAAUAAAAGUCCUUAAUAUUUUCCAAAA